GCCGUGGGAAAGUUUUGCGGGGUUUCUUUGAUCUGCGCGAGGAAAUAAGAGAGUUUCAAGCCAUGAAGACGAACAACAUCCAAGUGCCCACGGACAGUCACUGGCUUGCAGACCUGGCUUUUCUUGUGGACAUCACAGAGCUGCUGAAUAUCCUCAAUCUUCAGCUCCAAGGGAGAGACCAGAUGAUCACGCAGAUGUAUGACCAUGUCAAAGCCUUCAAGCAAAAGUUCCAGCUGCUUAGCAGACAUCUCUCAAAAGGAAAUUUGGCACAUUUCCCCAGCCUCAGAGAAGUUGGGUUGAUGGAGGAAGACACACCAAAAUACCUCAACAUUCUCAACAAUCUUGAGGUGGAGUUCGACCAUCGCUUUGAAGAUUUUCGUGGAAAUACAACAGCAUUUGAGCUGUUUGCUCAACCUUUUUCUGUGAAUGUGGAUGCAGUCAGUGAGGAGCUUCAAAUGGAACUUUUGGAACUUCAGUCUGAUUCAGACCUCCAUAGCAGGUUCAGAGAGCUUUCCUUACAAGAUUUUUACAGGUCUAUUCCCGCACACAGAUAUGGCAAGAUACGCAAACAUGCCCAGGUUAUGUUAUCCCUCUUUGGAAGUACUUAUGUCUGUGAGCAGGCUUUCAGCCUUAUGAAUCUUAACAAGUCCAAACUGAGGAAUGCUUUAUCUGACUCUCACCUACAUGACAUUCUCACUUUGUCAGUUAGUCAGCUUGAACCUGAUAUUGAGAGGCUUUUAAAAACCAAGAACAGGCUUCAUGUUUCCCACUGAUUGGACUACUACAGGCAGAAUAUGUAGGCCUGCCCUAGGCCCCCAUUGUGUCACCUGGGAGUAUGGUAGGCCCAAGGACUGGUAAUGUUCCACACCUGUCCACAAAUAUUUCAUAGUGCUUCAGUUUUUUUUUUAAUUUAAAGAAGCCAGAUCGAUGUUAUGAAAUGUUAUUGACCUAAAUGUGAAGCACAAUAAACAGUGCAAUUCAUUUUUCAAAAUGACUUUGUGAUAUAGUGUUUAUUUUGCACACGUAUGCUUAACUUACACACGUAAUGUACUGCACUCAUAUAUUUACCGUACACUUAAUGUACUGCAAAAUGAUCAUUUUGGCCCUCGGCCCUCCCCUCACGUUCAAUUUUGGCCCUCCAUCGGGAAGUAUUUGGG